GAACUAAAUUUUGCACAAAAAUUGAUUUUUUAUAAGGGUUGCAGGGACACAAGGGUUCGCGGAAUGUAAAAAACGCAAGGAUAUAAGGAAUGCAGGGAUGUAGGGGUUGCAUUGUUGUAAGGGAUGCGGGGGUAUAAUUAAUGCAGCGAUAUAAAAAACAUAGGAAUAUAAGGGAUGCCAGGAUGUAAGGAAUGCAGGGAUGUAAGGGUUGCAUUGUUGUAAGGGAUGCGGGGGUAUAAUUAAUGCAGCGAUAUAAAAAACAUAGGAAUAUAAGGAAUGCCAGGAUGUAAGGAAUACAGAGAUGUAAGGGUUGCAUUGUUGUAAGGAAUGUGGGGGUAUAAUUAAUGCAGUGAUAUAAAAAACACAGGAAUAUAAGGGAUGCCAGGAUGUAAGGAAUGCAGGGAUGUAAGGAAUGCCGGGAUGUAAGGGUUGCAUUGUUGUAAGGGAUGCGGGGGUAUAAUUAAUGCAGCGAUAUAAAAAAUAUAGGAAUAUAAGGGAUGCCGGGAUGUAAGGAAUGCAGUGAUAUAAGAAGUGCUGGGAGGUAGUCUCUGCGAGGUCCAUGAAAUGAAUGAAAAAAAUAAAUAGCUGCAAAGGGAAGCCUUGGUCCAUAAAGAGUAGGAAUAAGAUAAACAAUAACUGGGAAGGGCGAUCUCCGCGAGGCCCAUAAAGAGAAAUAAAAUAAUUAAUAACUGAAAGGGGUGGACUUGAGUCCAUAAGGAGGGAUAAAAUAAUGAAUAAAAUAAUAAGAGUCAAAGGAAGUGUCUAGGAGUGUCUAGGACCCCUAAAUCGUAGCCCUUUGAAAACGAAAGCAUGUCCAGUCUUUUGCCACUGUAGUCAGUGCUUCAACGCACUUUCUAUAUAGCGCUAACCGUAACAUUCAAACGCAAUUAAUAAUAAUAAAUAUUUAUAAUUAUGGGUGAUAAAAGCCGGAAAAAUUUUUAUAGAAAUAAAUGGUACCCAAGUAAAAAAAUAUCCAACAAAUCUCGUAAAUCUGAUGAUGGAAACAGACAAAGUAAUCAAAAGCUAUGUCGAUUUUUAGACCCUAUUGAGACAAACAAUUUAUUAAAUACAUAUGACACUUAUAUCAAUUUUGAUAUUUCUUACUAUGGAUGGAAGUUAUUUUUUUAUGAUGAAGAAUAUGAGGAGAAUUCUGAUACUGUUAAAAAAGUUCAGACAGUAGAACGCUUUAUAAAUAGACAUCAACGAUUAUCAACUAUGCUUUCAUUAGAAAAUUUAGAAAAUGGGAUAGUUUUUGUAAUUGAUAUAUGUGAAUUAUACAGUGAUCAAGAUUUUUUAAAUGAGUGGCCUGAUUUUAAAAGAAACAUAUAUGAAAAUCCUGUACACACAUUAAAUUGUUUUAAGCUUGCCAUGCAUCAGAAAAUAUUAAAUACAAUACCUCCGCAAAGUUUAAGUUUUUUAAACAUUAUAAAUACAUUGUCUACUGUUAGAUUAAAUGUAUUAAAUUAUAAACCAGUUAUAUCCUUGCAAGACUUGAAAGCAAGUUUAUAUGGAAAGUUGAUAUCUGUUAGGGGCUGUGUAAUAAGAGUAGGUCAUGUGAAACAUCUCCCAGAAUGGAUUGUAUUUAUGUGUCGCAAAUGUAACUUGCAAAAAAUGGUUAAACAGCCACUGGGAAUUUAUACGGUUCCAAAGAAAUGUAGUAUAUGUGGUGUGUCCAAAUUUCGUGUAAUAUUAGAUUCCCCAUUAAUAAGAAGUGUUUCCUUUCAAAUUAUUAAGAUACAAGAACUUUCGAGCGACGAACAGAACAGUAAGGGUAGCAUGCCACGGAUAUUCGAUAUUGAAUUAAGAGAUGAUUUAGUGAGUACUUGUAUGCCUGGGGAUGAUAUCACUUUAACUGGAAUUAUAAAGGGAAACAAUACAGCUAAAACACAAAAUAAAAGUCAAUUUACUUUAUACAUGGAAGCUAUUACCAUAAUGAAUAAUAAACAAAAGUUUCAAAAUAAAAAUAUUAUGAGCGACGAAAUGUCGGUAAAGGAUUAUUUAGCAAUAAAGGAAGUAUAUAAUACACCGAAUAUUUUUUCACUCUUGGUACAUUCACUUUCUCCAAACAUAUAUGGUCAUGAAAUGGUCAAAGCUGGAUUAAUAUUAAGUUUGUUUAGUGGAAAUGCAGAACACUUAGAGUUAAGAGAAAACAUACAUGUAUUAAUGGUCGGUGAUCCUGGUCUUGGAAAAUCACAAAUGUUACAAGCAUGUUCAAGAGUUGCUGCAAAAGGUGUAUAUGUAUGUGGAAACUCUAGUACAUCUUCUGGUCUGACAAUAACACUUAUAAAAGAAAAUAAAAGUAAUAACUUUUCAUUAGAGCCAGGUGCAUUAGUUUUAGCAGAUAGGGGUUGCUGCUGUGUUGAUGAAUUUGAUAAAAUAUCCAAACAACAUGCGGCUUUAUUAGAAUCAAUGGAACAGCAGAGUGUAAGUGUUGCUAAAUCAGGAGUAAUCUGUUCUCUCCCUAGUAGAACUUCAGUUCUUGCUGCCGCAAAUCCAAUUAGUGGUCGAUUUCAUAGAAAUAAAACAUUAUUGCAAAAUUUAAAAAUGAGCCCACCUCUGUUGUCACGUUUUGAUUUAAUAUUUUUAUUAUUAGAUCAACCAAAUAGAGAUAUAGAUAAUUUCUUGUGUAAGCAUGUGAUGUCAGUCCACAAUGACUUAAAUACAAUUAAAGGCACGCAAGGUAGUACAUUUCAGAAUACCAAUAUGUCAGAUACAAUGAACGUUUCAUUGAGAGACAGACUAGUAUUCUUUUUAAACGAAAACACGAGUACUAUUCCACAUUUAAUUCUUCGAAAAUAUAUCGCGUAUGCUCGACAAUACGUUAAACCAAAAUUAACUAAAGAGGCAGCAGCAGUAUUGCAAAAUUAUUAUUUAGAACUUCGAAAGAAAAACAAUAAAUAUUGUGGCCUACCAGUGUAUAAUAGACAACUAGAAGCUAUGAUAAGAUUAACCGAGGCUAGAGCAAAAUUGGAAUUACGCACCGAAGCGAUAGAAACAGAUGCUAUGGAUGUAAUAGAAAUUCUACGAUAUACAUUUGAUAAUGAAAUCAUUGAUUGGCAAUCUUUGGGUAAUAAAAAAGUAACAGAUAAGAAACAGGUCAGAAAAAUGAUAAAAAUAUUAAGGGAAGAAACUUUUAAUAACAGCAAUACAACAUUUUCUAUAAAACGGCUACAAGAAAUCGCGUUGGAUAACAAAAUUGUGGUAGAUAAUUUUGCAGAGCUUAUUUCAAAAUUAAACGAAAGUGGUAUUUUAUUGAAAACUAAUAGCAAUACUUUCAAGUUUAUUUCUUGCUAAUCUUACUUUUCUAACAUAAAAUGUAGACAAAUGGGUCAGACAUUUCUUUCUUUACACUUCUCUUUAAGAGAAAUCUAAGUUGCACUACUCUGUACAUACAUUGUACAUAACGAAAUACUUACAUAUGUAAUCUAAAUAAUUUAUGUUGUUCGAAUAAUCUGUAAUAUUCCAUAAAUGUGUAUAUUCAAUCCAACAGUAUUUUAAUAUAAUUGAUGUACAGUUUUGUAUUCUUCAGUAGCAUAAAAUAAAUGCAUACCAAAAUUGUUAGUUGUUUGCUUUUACACUUCAAAACAGUCUGCUUUACACGGCAAACGCCAAUGCAAAUAAAAGCAGCAUACUGGUCCUGGUUUAUGAAGACAAUUACAUCUCUGGCAAGGUCGUUUAGGUAUGUAGUAUUUUGGUUCUGGAGGAGGUGGAGCAGGUAUAGUAAUCGGAUUCCUGUUUAAUAUAACCAUCAUAAUAUAUCCUAUCAAUUGCAGUUGUUCUUACGUGCCGAGCGGACAAAAUGAUAAAACUUAAGGAAAGUACAUUUAAAAAGUCCAUUUUACAGGACACAUUGCAGUCCUGGUUAGACAUGUCGUUGCGCAUGGCGGAGGGCAAUAUGGGAUACAUUUUGGUGGACAGGGUCCGCACGGCACUGGAGGUGUGCAUAUUGUAAUUCUACACGGUGGUGGGCAUGCUAUGCAACGUGGCGGAUAACAUGAGUAAGAUACACACGAUGAACAUGUUGGUAACCGGUACUGGACUACAGGUGGGCAGCAUGGAGAACAAGGAUUUGGGCAAGGAUUUCCACAAGACAUUUUUCUAUUUUUUUCUCUUUUAAAUUUAUGUUCUAUUAGAAGAACUUCAAAUUUUGACAACUAAUUUUCAUAUAAAAUAAUGCCAAACAACUGAUAUUUAGAUAAAAU